AUGUUUUCGCUGAUAUGCAACUUACGCCACAUAUUUUUGGCCAGAGGGACUCCAGCCAUCAGAUGUUAUCCUGCAGUGAAAAGAGCAGGAUCUCAUGGAAAGCUUGAGCGCCUUCCUCCGGGAUUCGGUAAAACAACACCGUUAAGUUUAUUCAUCAAGGAGAACUUUGCAUCAAGGAAAAACGAACAGCCUACAAAAAUUUUCAGUAAUCUUAUCAAACAGUGGAAAAGUUUGGACGAGGCCGACAAAGGGAAAUAUGUUGAUGAGGCGUUACGGAUAAACGAAGAAAGACGAUCAAAAUUCGAAGCGAUGAGUGAAACUGAGAAAGAAGAGCUCCGUAGACGGGCUAAAAAUUUGAAGGAGGCUCGUGUAAAACGAAAAAUACGUUUGGAAAGGAGGAAAAAGCGGGAAAGUGACGGUCAGAGGCCGAUGUCAGGCUGGAUGCUUUUUGUGAAGGAGAAAGCUGUAAAAGGAGCUGCUGACACUGGUAAAAAGCAACAGGACAUCAUCAAGGAAUUGGCAAUAGUCUGGAAGUCACUUCCCAAGUCAGACAAAGAUAUGUACAGUGAACGAGCGAAAGAUUUUUCGAAAAGUGGAGAAAUAUGUGAUCUAACUAAAGCUGUAGUUCAUGAAAUGUUGAAGUGCAACGUUAUCUCUAUAUUAUUGGUUUUGGUCGUGGUUUGUUGCAAUGACAGGGAAUUGGCUCGUUUGCAAAUAGGAGUCAAGAAACGUGUCGACAACUGUGAGAUGAGAUCAAGAAAGGGGGACACUCUGAAUGUGCACUACGUGGGAAUGCUAGAAGAUGGUACUGAGUUCGAUAAUAGCCGAUCUCGCAAUAAGCCAUUUAUGUUCACGCUGGGCAUGGGACAAGUCAUUAAAGGAUGGGACCAAGGAUUACUGAACAUGUGUGAAGGUGAACAACGCCGCCUCGCAAUCCCAUCUGAUCUAGCUUAUGGCAGUUCCGGUUCUCCGCCGAAAAUUCCACCCGAUGCCAGUUUGAAAUUCGAUAUCGAGUUGCUCAAGAUUGAACGCGAAGAAGAUUUAUAG